AUGUGCCAUAAUACCCAAUUCAACUCCGCUCUCAAACAAUCCACUUCCAUAAAACGAGACCUGACCAACCUCACAUCGUCUCCGGAUACCUCACUUCCUACACCAUCUGCGCUAGGCUCCUUCUCUGCUUCUCUUACCGCUUUCUCCCGGACGCUUGACGAAUACAAUGCGCUGGCAAAACAGGAAUUAAAUCCGGCCAAGCAAGAAAAGGCCUACGAGCGCAUUAAGAAUUUCCGGUCGGAGCUAUCCUCAUUCCGGUCGCAACUGGACGAGUUAAAAUCGCGGCGUGAGGAUGCCCUGAAUGCACAAAACCGGUCGGAGCUGUUAGGCCGACGGCCUUUCACUGCCGCCACCCCAGAGAACCCUUAUGCGAAUUCGACGCCGCCGCCGUCCUCACCACCCUCCGCCCCGAAUCGUUACGGUAGCGGCGGGCAGCUGAGCAUGGGCAGCAACGACUACACGCGCGAGACGCACGCCCUGCGCGAGCAGAACUUCUUCGCGAACACCAACAAUGCUUUAGACGACUACAUUGCGAGGGGGCAAGCCGUGCUCGGGGACCUGGGCACCCAGCGGGAAAUGCUGAAAAAUACCCAGAAGAGGCUAUACAGCGUAGCGAAUACGCUUGGCGUCAGCGGAGAUACGAUACGCAUGAUCGAAAGGAGGGCGAAGCAGGACAAGUGGAUCUUCUGGGCUGGAGCUAUAGUGUUUUUCGCCUUCUGCUGGCUGUGUAUACAUUACCUCCGAUAG